GAAUAGACCUUAUCGCAGCUUUUUACGGUUGCCUGUACGCAGGCUGUGUGCCAAUUACCGUCCGCCCCCCACACCCACAGAACAUAGCGACGACGCUGCCUACCGUGAAGAUGAUUGUGGAGGUGAGUCGCUCGGCCUGUUUAAUGACAACACAACUGAUCUGUAAAUUGUUACGGUCCAGGGAGGCAGCUGCGGCCGUCGAUGUCAGGGCGUGGCCCCCCAUACUGGACACAGAUGAUUUGCCAAAGAAGCGGCCGGCCCAGAUCUACAAACCCUCCAACCCGGACACGCUGGCUUACCUGGAUUUCAGUGUGUCCACGACUGGAAUGCUAGCUGGAGUGAAGGUGAGGGGAUCCCUUAUCACUCGCCAGAGGACUGCUCCGUGCAGCUGCAGAGACCCCUUUGCCUACGUCGUGCCCUCUGAC